ACAAAAGUGAUUCAUGAUUCACAAUAGUAAAAGUUAUGUUCAUUGACUCUCGCGAGGAAUGAAAAAACCGCGACAUUAAUAGAAAUAAUAACUCUGAGAAAUCUGUAUGUUUUGUUGUCCCGUAUAAGGAGAUAGGAAUCUCGAAGGAACAGGAGGAAGAUUGGGACGAAAGGGUUACAUAUAGUGCACGCAAUACCGACAAACUAUCGCGUCGAUAAUCAUGCUGCGCAAGCUCGUGGGGAGAGACCAUGUGGGGGCGUGCGCGACAAGAGAUCGCGCUUGCGUCUAAUGCAUACAUUCGGCGCGUUCAGCGGCCGCGGUGUGAAGAGUAGAGGGGGUACGCGUCGCGACGUCCAGCGUCGCGUAAACGGGAGAUCACGGCAGGCAGGCAGGCAGGACCUAGGAAAGGCGACGGCCGGGCGGUCGUUUUAUUGAUCCCGGGGCGCCGCGGCGCUACCCACCCGCGGCGGGAUCGUCUGCAAGAAAAUUCUCUUCAACAAGAUUUUCAUCCGUUCUCCGUUAUCUGCAUCGUAAAUAUACUCACUCGAACGGCUGCGACAACGGUGAUAGCAUCAUUAUUAAUUUUUUCUUACUAUCAUCACACUGGAAUGCGAACGAUUAGAAAAGAAGCAGGUCGGAGAGGCAGCACAUAAUAGAUUCCUGAAAAGGUGGAUCGAAAUUUCGUGGACUAGGUCGUGCGCGGGGUGUAAGCAACGUCCUCGUUGUUAUUAAGGGUUCUAAUAAUCUGAAAUUGGUGCCGGUGGUGGCAGUCGUGUCGCGAUUUCACCGAAUUGGUCGUAACGAGAACACCAAAAAAAGAAACCGACGUAUCAUCGACGUGCUAGCACCAAAGGAGCAAUUUAUUAUCCUUUGAUAAAUGUUCAAUUUUUAAGAAGAUUUGUUUCUUUCAUCUUCGAGUAUCGUAGUGUAUUGUAACAUCGAGGAAGUGAAAGAAAGAGAAGUCGGAGAAAAGAAAUAAAGAGAAAAAUAUUCCGGAAGAAGCUGUCAUCGAGCAGCUACGACUUCCAGGAUUGUUCAUGUAUCGCCAAUGGAGAGCUUAUAAAUCGAAAGGGGGCGCAGCGGACUGCCCGGACAAGGUGUCAUCCGACUGGUGAUUAUUUUAUUUUCGCAUCGUUCCUCGUACACGAGGAACAUAGGAUCACGAAGCUGUGGCUGUUUCAAUCCGUUGAAGAUAGUGACAACCGAGUCUAAGGUAGGCGCCGCGGCGCCGAGAUGGGACCUACCAGUAGCCGCGAACAGAUUGGGGAGCAGAUCGGCGACGAUGAUGGUCUGCAAAUCAAGCCAAAACCUAUGGUUAAUCACAUCACGGAAAGUGAAUAUUCUGUAGAAGAGCAUGCAAAAUUAACUGCUACUGAUGGAGCUAGUGAUGAAGCAUCUCCAGAAGAUGAAGGAGGAUCAUUAUGUGAAUACCAUGACAUACCACCCCCACCAGAUGGUGGAUAUGGAUGGGUGGUGGUAUUUGCAUCAUUCAUGUGUAAUAUGAUAGUUGAUGGUAUCGCUUAUACAUUUGGUGUUUUUCUGGGAGAAUUUGUUACAUAUUUUGGAGAAGGAAAAGGCAAGACUGCGUGGGUUGGUUCAUUGUUAUCUGGCAUGUACCUCAGUGCUGGACCUAUUGUCAGUGCUUUAACAAAUAAGUAUGGAUGUAGAGCAGUAUGUAUGGCAGGAAGUUUUUUAGGUGCAGCAGCAUUUGUACUUUCAACAUUUUCAACCAGUGUAAAUAUGCUUAUGGUAACUUAUGGUGUUAUGGGAGGAAUUGGAUUUGGUCUAAUAUAUUUACCAGCAGUAGUUUGUGUAGGUUAUUAUUUUGAAACCAAAAGAUCAUUAGCUACAGGUAUUGCUGUAUGUGGUUCAGGAUUUGGCACAUUUGCAUUUGCACCUCUUGCAACAAUGUUAUUAGAAGCAUAUAAUUGGAAAGGAGCAAAUUUAAUUCUUGCAGGUCUUAUUUUAAAUUGUGCUGUAUUUGGUGCAAUGAUGAGGCCAUUAGAAUAUCCAAAAGCUUCUUCUGUUAAACCAUUGUUACAAAGAAUGGCAGAGGAGAAAAGAUUUCAAAUGGAACGUGGGAGUAUUGGGGGUUCUUAUUUCAUGGUACAACUGCCUGAUGGAUCUAUGGAAAAGAGAAUGAAAAUGCCUAUUAAUAUUGAUCCUGGUGUUCAUUCCAGUUUCAAUUUAGACCAAUUAGUGCCUGGAACUCCUUUAACACCAGUUCCAACGGUACCAACUCUUCCCACUAUAUCAGAAGUGAAAGUACAAGAACAUUCUUCUAGUGGAGCAACUAGUAAUAGUGGCAGCAUGGACUUAAAAAACAUUUCCACCAAAUCAAAGAGUAGAAAAAAUAUUGAUGAUACCAAAGAUAUAACAGAGAAGUCUGAAAGCGAAUUCAAACCAAUAAUUCCUAGAAAUGCUUCACAACCUGCUUUUACAACUCAUGUACAAGGUUUACCUAAAAAUGGUUCUGUACCCUUUUUUGAUAGAAUCCGCAAAACAAGUACUGGUGAAAGAUAUAAACCAAGUCUUAGUGCUAUUAAGAAUUCUAGAACAACAUUGAAUUCUAAUGGCGAUAUUAGAAAAAGUUUGCAUUUGAGACUUUCAACAAGCAGUGUUAUGGGUUCUCGGAAUAAUAAUGCGGAAAUAGAUGAUGGUGAAAGUAUUACUUUUACCACCAGUAAGACUAGUAUUCCAAAAGAAAAACCACAGAUAAUUCGACCACUAUCAAGAAAGGAUAUUUUUUAUAGUGGUAGUGUUGUUAACUUACCAGAAUAUCAAAGUCAAAAAUCACUUGCAAAUUAUCGUCAAAGUGUUAUUUCUUUAUCAAAAUCCGUUCGUGGAGAUAUUAAAGACACCGACAUUGAAAAGGCGCGCGAGCAACCUCUAUGUCCUUGUUUGGUAUUACCUGAUUCGUUCAAAGAAGCUCUGGCAACUAUGAUGGAUGUAUCUUUGCUAAAGGACCCAGUAUUUCUUUUAAUUGGUAUUAGUAAUGUAUUUGGAAUGGCUGGUUUAUACGUCCCUUUUGUAUAUUUAUUAGAUGCUGCAGUCUUAGAUAAUAUUGACAAGACUCUUGCAUCAUAUUUAGUAUCUAUUAUUGGAAUUACCAAUACUCUGGGUCGUGUAGCUUGUGGAUACAUUGCGGAUUUUCCACAAGUGGAUUCACUAUUGUUGAAUAAUAUCUGCUUAAUUAUAUCAACAGUUGCUGUGGCUGCAAUUCCGUUUUGUCAUUCGUAUCCUGCUUAUAUUAUUAUGAGCAUUCUAUUUGGAAUAGCUAUAUCUGGAUAUAUUUCUUUGACGUCAAUUAUUUUGGUAGACCUUUUGGGAUUGGACAAAUUGACCAAUGCAUUUGGCCUCUUAAUCUUAUUUAGAGGAGCAGCAGCUAUCAUUGGUUCACCUUUAGCUGGUGCUGUUUAUGACGCAACGCAAAGCUAUAGCAUCCCAUUUUUUAUGGCAGGAUUUUUCUUCUUUGUAAGUACAGUUACUAGUUUCAUGGCUCCAGCAAUGAAACGCUGUACAACGCCACAGACUCAGCCUGUGAUAUUAGAUACAUUGACUCCAAUUGAUGAAGAUAUUGAAGAAGAAAAUGAAGAAGAUAUUCCUGAAAUUGUAGAAACUGCGCCAUCUCCGCAAGAACCUCCUGAAAAGGUUAAACAAAUAGAAUCUGUUUUAUAAAAUCUGAUCUGUAUAAGGAGAAAAAAAAGCCUUCAUCUCCGAGCCAUACUGUGAUAGGGCUGCUGCUUCAAAAGGUCUGAAAAAAGUACUUCUUCGUUAUACAUUUUAAUGCUAAAGCACAAAUUAAUGAGUACCUGAUGGUAUUUUUAACGUAUUUAGAAUUUUGCAAUUGUAUCUAAUUUUUUUUAUGAAACUCUAAUAUAUAAAUAUAAAUAUACAUAUAUAUAUAAACACAUAACAAUGUAAAAAAUACCAUCAGGUGGAGAAUUUCAUUUGCCUAUGUCAAUAGUAGAUGAUAGAUAGAAAAAUUUAUUAACUUAAUCAGUAUAGAAUGAUCAGUAUAAAAAAUAUUGAAAAAGUGAAAAAAAUGCUUUUGCACUUGCAUAUCGAAUAAUAUUGAAAUGAUAUUAUUAAUCAUCACAAACAAAUGAUAAAUAUUAAUUUAGAGUAAGGAUGGUCAAUUUUCAUUUUUUACGAAUAGCUCUCUUCUUUGUGCUCAUUUAUAUCUAUUAGAGUACUUUCUAGCAAUAUUUACUCGUAUUAUAUUUUUGACCUAAAAUUUACGUAUCGAAAACAACGAAAGAAAGUUUGCUAUACUAUGUCGAUUUUUCGUAUUAUUUAUGUUAGUGAAUAUCGCAUUUGACUUUUAAUGUUAUAUAUAUUACAUGGAUAAUUCACGCAAUGAUUGACCAUUCUUAAUCGAGAAUACAUCUACAAUAUAUUACUUAAAUCUAUUUUUGGUCGCAAUCCAAAGAUACAAUUCCAAUUAAAUUACAUUCAGAGAGAUAUUUUUCUUGCAUACACAACAAAUGUAUAUACAUAUUAUAGAUUAAAAAAUGUGGAUUAGUUGACAUACAGAUAAAUUCGCUAUUGCGGAAAAAAUUGUAAAUAAUUAUAUAGGCAAUUGUAAAAUAGUAUAACGAAUUCCGAAAAAACUAGGCAAAUAGUAAAUAUAUAAUUUCUGUUUUAGGACAUGUGUCCUUGUAUUAAUGUAUUGAUUAUGAAUAAUUAACAUGCUAUUAGAUAGAAAUUAAUUAAUAUAUUAAUGAUUCAACUAGAAUGUUUAUUUCAUUGAAUGUAUAAAGAAAACAUUUCGUCUUAUGCAUCUAGUUUGUGUAAAUUAAUUCUUUAGUUAACAGAAUUGACUGUCGGGAAAAAAUGUGAAAUAAUUGAAGCAUAUUAAUUAACACAAACUAAUUCUCGACUAAUACACGUGUUGUUCGACGCGACUUUCGGCAAAGUUAUAGUUUGUCGUGUCACACUAUAUAUUAAUUAAAUAUUGAUUAUCACGAAUAGACAAAAUGUUAUUCAUUUAUAUAUAAUACUUUUUAUUUACAAUCGCAUACAUGCCUAUGAUCCGUAUAAAUAUAUAAAUCUAUAUAUAGAUAUAUAUGUAUUUUUUUUUGUUAUAUAAAUUUAUAUAUUUAUAUAUACAUGAUGAAUGAAAAAAAAAAUUGUAAAUCUUGUUAAACGGCAUACAACAAAUGUUAAACUUGUAUGUACAUUGUAUAUAUGGCGUUUAUUGGUAAACCAAUUACGGUGAUUAGUUAUCGAUAUGCGUAAGACUUGGAUAACAAAAAAAAAAAGAACCGUUACUAUCAAUAAGAAAAAAUAUACCAACAGUGCUAUUAUCACUGCUACUGCUAUCACUAUUACCAUUAAUAUUACUAUUACACUAUAUUAAUUAGUACAACUAUUACGACACUUAUUUUUAUUCUCAUAAUUGUCGUGCAGAAAGACCGUGUUUUUGUGAUUUGAAUUGAAAUAUAAUGUAUACAUGUUAUUCAGUCGGAAGUGUAUACGUGUGCACGCGUGUCGUCGCGACAAAAGUGUUACAGUAACACUUAUUAUACACAAAUAUAGAGUAUAUAUUAUCGACGCGCGUGUUCAUGUGACAUUUCGCAUGCGCAUGUUCGUAUGUAUGUAUGUUAGGAGGAAUAGGCGGGUUUCUAGUAGAGAUACACGAAGCAUGUGUUAUGUCGUGUGUGCAUAAUAGAGGCAUACAUAUGCGUACUUACAUAUACACAUGAGCGUAUCAACACACGUGCGCACGACUUAAUCCUGUGCAUAUGUUAAAAGAAAAACAAUAAAAGAAAAAAAAGUGAAGUAUAUAUGCUAUGGUACAAAGAAGGACAAAUGUAUUAGGUGACGUUUAUUGAAAUUGAAGAGGAAUUAUGAAUUUUUAUUACUGAAA